AUGAGGAGGGGAGAAAGUGACCCAGAGAGGCCUACGACUCGACAUCGUACUCGAAUCUUUUCUUCUCAGUCGGCCGUGACAUUCGGUUGGGUGUGGAAUACUCGCAAAACAAAGGGAGAAGUUGUACACAGUGCACGUAUCACAAAGCUACAAUAAAAAUGAAACAAAUUAAAUUACAAUUAUCUUUUCUUAUUACAUUGAUAUCAAUUACCACUAUGACAUUCAGUAUGCCAUCUCAACCGGACACAUCAACUGUCGCAAUAAAUUAUGGUCCUUGGUCAGAAAUUCUUGAAAAUUGGGUUACUACCCAAACCGAACAUUCUCGUACGCCACGCGUGAUGAUAAUCGGUGAUAAAACAAUAACAGUAUCGAAUAAGAUUUCUACUGGGAAUAGAAACGAAAUUUCCGAAACUCACCUGUAUAUGCUUGGUGCUAUCGAAAAACUAUUAGACAGAAUAGAUAAUAUGGAGAAACGAUUAAGAAGAGCGGAAGAAAUAUUAUUGUACAUUAUCUCUGGCAAUAACCAAAUAAAAGAACCUUGUCCCGCCAAUUACACGAGAAUGGGUCAAAACUGCUACCACUUCAGUAACCGUGAUUUCAAUUGGAAAUCAUCGCGCAGCUUUUGCCAUGGAAUGGGUGGGCAUUUGGUCGAGUUCGACACGAUCGAAGAGACCCAAGAUGUAAUCGCCGGCAUAAUGUCGAACUCUAAACUGAAGGGAAAGAAUUUCUGGACAGGGGGGUUAAAUCCGGGACUUUUGUGGAUUUGGAACAGUGGUCGACCAGUUCGUGAAGACACAAAACAGUCAAUAACUGGCAAUGGCAGGUGUUUGAAAUUAUCCUAUAACGAAUCGUCGAAGAUCUACUCCUACAGAGGCGAGGAUUGCGGCUUGAGGCAAAGAUACAUUUGCGAAUUGGCAACCGAUGAUGAAUCAGCAAACAAGAUUGAAAGGACAGCACGAUUGUUAAUCGACAAAAACAAUUAGCUGCGUUUAAUGACGAUUGGAAAUAGAAAGAUUAUUUAAGCACGUCGAAACAUGUACACGUAAAUAUAUAUACUGUAUAAAUAAUUACGUUUCAUUUCAAUGUUA